UUAAACCUACUGCACAUCCUGUCAGUGAAGAAGAAAAGGAGUUUACACGUGUUUACUGAGCCCAGACGAGAUAUAUUUUGAAUAAUUGUUUCAAAUUUGGGUUUGCUGUUCUUAACGCGAAACAAAGCCAAGUAAAAAUGCCGAAGGUCAAGGCGGAGAAGAAAAGCAGGCAGCACCAAGAAGUCAAAAACCAAGGAAUCAUGUUCAACACGGGCAUGGGCCAGCACAUCCUGAAGAAUCCAUUGAUUGUCAAUGGGAUCAUUGAGAAGGCUGCCCUGCGGCCGACAGAUGUGGUUCUGGAGGUGGGACCUGGUACUGGUAACAUGACAGUGAAAUUGCUGGAAAAAGCCAAGAAGGUGGUGGCCUGUGAGUUGGACUGCAGAUUAGUGGCUGAACUUCAGAAAAGAGUGCAGUGCACACCCAUGCAGACCAAACUUCAAAUAUUAGUUGGAGAUGUACUAAAAACAGAUCUGCCGUUCUUUGACGUCUGUGUGGCUAAUUUACCUUAUCAGAUUUCGUCACCGUUUGUCUUCAAGCUCCUGCUGCAUCGACCUUUCUUCAGGUGUGCCGUGUUGAUGUUCCAGAGAGAGUUUGCCAUGCGACUGGUUGCCAAUCCUGGAGACAAGCUGUACUGCAGACUGUCCAUCAACACGCAGCUACUGGCUCGUGUAGACCAUCUCAUGAAGGUAGGGAAGAAUAAUUUCCGUCCUCCUCCAAAAGUGGAGUCAAGUGUUGUCAGGAUAGAACCGAAAAAUCCUCCUCCUCCAGUUAACUUCCAGGAGUGGGAUGGCCUGGUCAGAAUAGCCUUUGUAAGGAAAAACAAAACCCUCAGUGCAGCUUUCAAGUCCACUGCGGUAGAACAGCUGCUGGAAAAGAACUACAGAAUUCACUGCUCUGUACACAGUGUGGAAGUCCCAGCAGACUUCAGCAUCAGCAAGAAGAUUGAGAGUGUUUUGCAGGAGGCUGAUUUCUGUCAGAAGAGAGCCAGGUCCAUGGACAUUGAUGACUUCAUGGUGCUGCUUCAUGCAUUCAACUCUGCAGGGAUCCACUUUUCUUAAACGGCAGAGGAAACUGAAGCGAAUGCUCCCAUGACUCUUAUGUUCUGCUUUUAUGAUGAGAGGGGAGAAGUUAGUGGUCAGAUGAGUGGAAAGAAAUAGAUUGUCUGACUGCUUUCCUCCUCUGGAGCUUUGCUUGGAGGAACUGAAUUUCAAAUGUUGAAAUAAUUGGAUGAAAUGUACAAAGAAUAUUGGAGGAUACAUUUAAAGAGCUCAUAUUGAGUGUGCUGUUUUACCCGUAUGAGUAUAGACAGAUAAAGUGUCCCUGGGCAUGUAUGGACAAUGUUUAGCAGAGGGAAGCUGUAUAAGCCCUCUGGGUUGUUCGAGGGACUGUCGGUGUGUGUGAGAGUUUGUCGUUCAUUGAAAAUAAUCUGUAAUGGAUGAUUAUUCUAAUCUAAAAGCAAUCUACAAUUUUUCUAAACUAUGUCAGAAUUACCUCCUCGUGGAAAAGGUAAAUAUUUAACAAGUGUAGAUUUUUGAGUGUGUGCAGUCUCUUAAAAUAAAUUCAGAUUGUCCACGAA